AGAAUGUGCAGUAGAAGAAGAAGAAGGCCGACAGCAGUCUGAGCACUGCAGUACAUGCGACCAUACAACCAGAUACAAGCAGGCUCCUUUCUGCACCGACGACACGGAGGAACACUGUGUUUCCAGGAGAAGUUACAGAGAAGACUCCGACCUCUCCGGACAUUACACUUCCCUCUCCGCGCUGAAUCCUGUUGAUGGUAAUUGCUAUUGAGGGGUUGUUCCUGUGUCACAACCCGGCAGCUGGAGAGCACGCCUGAGUCUGGUUGCUGGAUGUAAAUAAGGACCGCUUGGUGCUGCAGUGGUGCAGUGUGUUCCAUCUGUGGACUAAAAAGGAUCAGCAGAUAACAACGCUUUGUCUUCCACUACUCAGUGAUUCUACACAGCUUUUAAAAGCAGAGACAUCACCACAGAGCCAAAGGUGCGGUGGGGGCCAGACUGCUCUCAGGUCAGAGCAAACCCGUCACUAUGGAUGUGGAUGAGGAGGAGAAUAUGACUCCUCCCCCUGCACUUCUCCCUUGCACUCCCUCAACCCGACCUACAAUCCCACUCAUGCACACUGCGGCCUCUCUUUCUCCUGAGUACCGCAAGGAGUAACCUAUCAAGCCUUUGCUGAAGGAUGUUAUAAAUGAAAAUUUUUGCCAAUAUUCCAUCCACUUUGCUAACUGGAUUCAGUGAUAUGUGUUCCCCAGGACGGUGUAUUUCAAAGCCUGCAGUUAAAAACUGAACCUUUUAAAUGUACCCAAUUUCUCUGUAAGCACUCAAGCGAUUAAAAAUUGAUAGAGUGGAUGAGAAGCAAAACUGUAUGUGUGUCAUGUUAAGAUUUGAAAUAUGUGCUUGUAUUUGUGUGCAUUUAUGUCUUAGGCUCAUAACUCUGUGCAACCUGAAAAGUCUAAUAUUCUUCUCCCAUUUCACCCUGAUCUUUAAAAUAGCCAACCAUUAUAAGUUAAACUUUAAUAAUGAAUUUAAGUCAAGAAAUUAAUUCAAACAAAGUUAGAACUGAAAUGUUGUUUAUUUGACCAUGGGUCAGUUGAAAUAAAUCCAUGUUAUUUAGAAUUUGUGUUCUAUUAUCUGUAGUGAUAUUAAUAGAUUGUAGGUUAAUAUGGUCAGUAAAACAAAGGCAGCUUCACUUGCUUUUUUAAAGGAACACAAAUCAUUGGUUCAGUUCCAAAGAGUGAUAAAGGAAUCUAUAAAUUUUGCAUUUACAAGAUCCUGCAACGAAGGCGUUGUAAGUUACUCUUUCUGGGCACCGCAGGUUCGAGCAGCACCGAUGUUAAGGAAAACCGAAACCUGGACAACGUGUCCUGCAAAGACGGGGUGGGAGUGGCUGAACAGCUCCCCAAUGGCAGCGGCCUGGGCAGUCGAAAGAGGCCCCUAGAAGAAGGAAACAAUGGACACGCGCACUCAAAGUUCCGGGCCAAGAAGCGCAAGAAAACACCAGGGCCAGUUCUGCCCAAGAAUGCUCUGAUGCAGUUGAAUGAAAUCAAACCUGGUCUACAGUACAAACUGCUGUCUCAGACAGGACCGGUGCAUGCACCAGUGUUUGUCAUGACUGUUGAGGUCAAUGGACAGAUGUUUGAGGGCAUGGGCCCAACUAAGAAGAAAGCUAAACUGAAUGCAGCUGAGAAAGCACUGCGUUCUUUUGUCCAGUUCCCCAAUGCAUCUGAGGCACACCUGGCCAUGGGUCGAACACUGACAGUGAACACAGACUUUACAUCUGACCAGGCUGACUUCCCAGACAUGCUCUUCAAUGGCUUUGAGACACCAGCUGCACCUGAAGAAUCCUUCUAUGUAGGCUCCAAUGGUAGCAGCUCUUUAAACUCUCUAGGGGAAUACCCACUGCCCACACCACCUGGCAGCAACCUUGUCCAGGCCCCAUUGCCCCCUCCAUCAGCAUUCAGCUCGCCCUCCAGUGGCAAAAACCCAGUCAUGAUCCUCAAUGAGCUCAGGCCAGGCCUCAAAUAUGACUUUGUCUCAGAGAGUGGGGAGAGUCACGCCAAGAAUUUUGUGAUGUCAGUAACAGUGGAUGCACAGACGUUUGAAGGUUCAGGGCGCAACAAGAAGCUGGCUAAAGCCCGGGCAGCACAGGCCGCCCUCUCAGCUCUCUUCAACAUGCAGCUAGACCAGACACCAUCCAGACAACCCAUACCAAGAGAGGGAUUACAGCUCCAUCUACCCCAGGUUCUGGCUGAUGCAGUCUCCCGUCUGGUGGUGGAUAAGUUCAGUGAGCUGACAGAAAACUUCACCUCCCCCCAUGCACGUCGGAAAGUCCUAGCAGGAGUUGUCAUGACAACAGGGACAGAUGUAAAGGAGGCACAGGUCAUUUGUGUCUCCACAGGAACUAAAUGCAUCAACGGCGAGUACAUGAGCGACCGCGGCCUGGCACUAAAUGACUGCCACGCUGAGAUAAUCGCCCGACGCUCGCUCAUCAGGUACCUCUACACUCAGCUGGAGUUCUUCCUCAGCAACAUCAAGGACGACCACCAGAAGUCGAUAUUCGUGCCGUGUGAAAAGGGAGGCUACAGGCUACAGGACAACGUUCAGUUCCACCUUUACAUCAGCACCUCGCCCUGCGGAGACGCACGGAUCUUCUCCCCUCACGAGGCCGGAGUAGAAGACCAGGGGGACAGACAUCCCAACCGGAAAGCACGGGGCCAGUUAAGGACCAAAAUUGAGUCAGGAGAGGGCACCAUACCAGUGAGGUCAAGCAACACCAUCCAGACCUGGGACGGGGUGCUGCAGGGGGAGAGGUUACUCACCAUGUCCUGCAGUGACAAGAUUGCAAGGUGGAACGUGGUGGGCAUUCAAGGCUCACUGAUGAGCUACUUCACAGAGCCAAUCUACUUCUCCAGCAUCAUCCUCGGCAGUCUGUACCAUGCAGACCACCUCUCCAGGGCCAUGUACCAGCGCAUCGCAGAAAUCGAGGACCUGCCCCAGCAGUUCACCCUCAACAGGCCUCUUCUCAGCGGUAUAAGUAAUGCAGAAGCAAGACAGCCAGGCAAGGCACCCAACUUCAGUGUGAACUGGACAGUGGGCGACCAGGCCCUGGAGGUGAUCAAUGCAACCACAGGAAAGGACGACAUGGGCCGCGCCUCACGUCUCUGCAAGCACGCCCUCUACAGCCGCUGGGUGCGCCUACACUCUAAGUUGUCGUCCAUUUUGUGGAAUAAGAUGCUGAAGCCGAGCACCUACCAUGAAGCCAAGCAGGCAGCCACAGAGUACCACUCUGCCAAACAGGCACUCAUUAAAGCCUUCCACAAGGCCGGCCUGGGGGCCUGGGUCAAAAAACCCAUCGAGCAAGACCAGUUCACCCACAGCUCCUGAGGGAGUCCAGGGACCAAGGGAACCCCAAGCCCCCACCCACUCCUUUUCUCCCUGACCCAGGCCUGAAAGCAAAAGCGCCCCGUAUUAACAACCAGCCCACAGAGACACUUACCUCCGUCCCGUGUGUUGGCACACACGUGCACUUUGUACUUGUGGAGAUAAACGUGCGUAGAUUCACAAACCAUCCAUAGCUCAUCUUUGUCAUUCCUCAGAGGACCUCAGCCUCACCUCGUCUUUUAUCAUCAUGUUUUUUGUCCUCUUAUUCUGAUUUUAACCAUUCUUUUUUUCAUCUUCUUGCUUUGUUUUAAAACUGGAACCAUGGUUUUUACAUGUCUGAGUUGUCUAUGUUUUCCAGAGACAUUGUGUUUUUAUGCCAUAGAUGUAAACGUUGAAAUGAAACAGUUUUGUCUUCUUUUUCUUGAUGGAUUAGUGUAGCACGUUAAGGGUUAAAUGUAGCCUUGAAACACAGGAUCUUUAUCAACUAGCGUCAAUGUCCACGGACCUCUGAAAUAUAUAUUUACUAGCUUAAAGGAAUUAUGAGUUUUAAUUUAAGAUGCAUAAAUCAUCAGGAUGUAAAUCUAGUGAAAGGAAAGAGGACAGGAAAGAGUUCUAUAACAAUAAUGUGUGUUAUUUGGUCCAAUCCCUAGAUGAGACUACAUGUUCUUAGCCCCUGUAUUAAAGACGGAAAUGUUACCAAA